GGCGCGUAAAUCAAGGUACUCUUCCUCUCUCUCUCCACUCCACUGUUUGGUUCACAGAAAAUGUAUGAGAAAAAUAGAAGAAAAUUUGUUUUCUUCUUGAUUGAUCAUCGUGAAUUUAGUUUUUGUCGCUUAAUAUUAUGUCAUUCAAAUAGUAAAUUAGAGAAUCUGUUCUUUUCAUCUUUGUUUCUCUCAGCAGCGGGAAGCGAAUCAGGACAGAAAAUGUCGAACAUAGCAGUUUGCGCUCGAUUCAGGCCUUUAAGCACAAAAGAGAGAAGAGAUGAUGGCGAUUCAAUCUGUAUUCAGUGCUUAGACUCGGACACUUUCACUUUCAAGGAUGAGAAAGAAGGAAAUUCAACAUUUACCUUCGAUAGGGUGUUCUAUGAGAAUUCUGAGCAAGCUCAGGUCUAUGAUUUUCUAGCGCUGCCUAUUGUUCAAGAUGCUGUUAAAUACACUAAUGGAACGAUUAUCACUUAUGGACAGACUGGAGCUGGGAAGACUUACAGCAUGGAGGGCCCUGGGAUACUAGAAUCCGAUGAUCAGAAAAAGGGGUUGCUUCCACGAGUAGUUGAUGGAAUUUUUGAAUGCAUAAAAUCUUCUAAGAAUGCAAAUAAGUACUCCGUCAAGUUGUCGAUGGUAGAGAUCUACAUGGAGAGAGUAAGGGACCUCUUUGAUUUAGCAAAGGACAACAUACAAAUCAUGGAGAAUAAAUCUCAAGGAAUUUUGUUGAAUGGCAUAACCGAAGUCUCCAUUAAAGACCCCGGGGAAGCAUUGCAAAGUCUAGCUAGUGGUAUAGCAAACAGAGCUGUGGGAGAGACUCAAAUGAACAUUACAAGCAGCAGAAGUCAUUGUGUUUACAUAUUCACUCUCCAGCAAGAAUUGAAGAAAGAUAAUCGGUCGAGAACUAGCAAGUUAGUUCUUGUGGACUUGGCAGGCUCAGAAAAAGUAGAAAAAUCUGGAGCUGAAGGAAGAGUCCUCGAAGAAGCCAAGAGUAUCAACAAGUCUUUAUCAGCCCUUGGAAAUGUGAUAAAUGCGCUGACAUCUGGUUCAUCUGUAAAAACAAAUCACAUUCCAUAUCGUGACUCCAAACUUACCCGGAUUCUACAAGAUGCCCUUGGUGGAAAUUCUCGAACUGCAUUACUAUGCUGUUGCUCACCAAGCCCCUCGAACGCACCAGAGAGUCUUUCCACACUUCGAUUUGGAGCAAGGGCAAGUCAUAUAAAGGCAUCACCGCGUGUAAAGUGCAAUGAAGACAAAUCUGCUAAAAAGCAUGGAACUCCUCCUUCUCCCGAUAAAGACGAGUCAUGUGAGAGAAUUCUAAACGAGUUGCAAAAGAGACUAGACGAGGAAGAUGUGAAUCUACUGGAGGAGUUGUUCAUAUUGGAGGGAAUUUUCUUUGAUCCUAAUUCAGAAGAGGAGUUAGAGCUUGCAUUGGAGGAUGUUACUUUAAAGACAAUUGUAUCGUUGAAACAAGCAGUGGAAGAGUUAGCAUGUGAAGUUAAAGAGCUUAAAAACGAAAACAAGGCUCUCAAGGACGAAAUAACGCGGGUUAAAGUAUCUGAUGCCAAAUUUGUAAAGACUGGAGAAGCUUCAAGUGUUGUGCCUAGGAUUUUGGGACUCUGCAGUUUCUUCUCUGUUUCCUGGUUCGAGUCAUUCUUACCUUUGUCCAGGUAAUGAAAUCAUAAAUUUCCAACAAGGUGACUGAAUUUCUGGGGUUAUAGCUUAUAUUUGUUCAUGAGACAAUUAGUAGAAUCCGUGAAUAAUUUGGUAUCAACUCGGUUCUUAUUGAAAAUCUAAAAAGCAUUAUUAAAAUAUAAUAAUUUUUUCUUCUCCAAAAAUGUGCAUAUACUAUCCUUCAAAAGUGCACAUGUAUAUUUGUCUAUUCGUAUAAAACAUUGGGGAUGAUACCCAAAAACACUUUUGUAUGUUAAUGCAUGAAUUUUGUCAUUA